GCGGAAUAUGACGGAGCUAGUCCGGCACCAGCGCAUAGGGGCGACAUGCACACCCUUAUAUCAAGCAGUCAAGUCCCUACCUGCUCGCUGAAAGCUGCUGGAAAGUUCUGGCCACUUGCCUGGGCUUUCUUAUUCUUUUCCGCUUCCAGACAACUCGUAUUAUUUUCUGUCAAGACAAUUGCCAUGUGCGAUAUCUCAACACCGAUGUUAUCGUUGAAUGAUCAUGGCGAUUUCCUCAAUGAAGAGCCCCCAUGCCAGGACCAGGACAUCUCUGCCAGAGUCAUCAAUCCCGCGAAAUUGACGUCCCUACUGAAAGACAAGUUUGGCGGUGGUUCAUACAAUGUGCAUAUGAUGCACAAUGUAUACACGAUUCGAGCCCCUCGUCGCCUGUCAGUGACGGAAAUAGCGCAAUGUGCCUAGACGCUUGUUACCACAACUCCGCCUCUCACUGGAAAUCUUCUACACUCGCAAUCGUUGUUUUCUUUUCACACACGGCUGUCAUCCCCAAGAAAUUUUGAGGAGGACUUUGAUCAAAGGAUUUCUCGGUCUCAUAUUAGAUUGUCAGAAUACAUUUUCGCGUUUCCUUAUAGGUAUAUCAUACAUGGCCGCGUGAUUGGCAUUGAGGAAAGCUUGGCUGGGGGACCGAGCCUGUCUCUACCUUACUUCAACAGCAGGGUAGCAAAGAGCCUGGCGCGGAAGUAGAACGUUCUGCAUUUGUAGAAUUCUUGUUCCCGCUGACAGAGGCUGUGAUUGCAUCUUUAACACUGCAGUCAUGGGUCAUGGGCGAUCAACUUUCUAAUUCCGAGGAUAGGUUGUUUUACUGAAGAUAUUCAUUUUCACGGAUCUCAGUUAGCGUUUUCGUACAUGUAGGAACGAUAUGAUGGAUGCAUGUACACGAUGGGCCAUGCUGUUAUCUAUCACGGCGCCAAAAGUAAAAGUGUUGCAGUACAUGUACAUGUAAUCUGCCCAUGUCUCAAACUGUUUGUGUUUUUGAAUUUCUUCGGAAGCCACCCACAAUUGUCUACCAGUAGUUGUUAAUUAUACCCACACCCUACUCCACG